AUGUCCACAGGUAUGCCUUCAGGAAGUUCAAGUCCUGCCUCUGGCAGUAACUGCAGACUCCAGCAGACGCAAAAUCAAGUAGAUGAGGUGGUUGAUAUCAUGAGAGUCAGCGUGGACAAGGUGUUAGAAAGAGAUGAGAAGCUCUCGGAGCUAGAUGAUCGCGCAGAUGGAAUGCAGGCAGGCGCUUCUCAGUUUAAAUCAAGUGCUGCCAAGCUGAAGAGAAAGUACUGGUGGAAGAAGUGCAAGAUGUGGGCGAUGGGGAUCAGUGUCCUGGUGACUGUUGUCGUCAUCAUUGUUGUAUGGUGUGUCUCUUAA